UUGGACGUAGGAUACAAAUUUUGGUCUGUUAUUUACAUAUAUAGGGUCAAUUGUUGGGUAAAGAUAUUUUGCAAGGUCCAGAAGGCAAAAAUAUCUUCUUUCCUGGCCUCUCCUGUGCCCAUUGAGCUCGAAAUAUCAGACUUUGCUCCUAAGGUUGUUGGCAUAAAAAUCUAUACUUGAACCCUGGCUGUUUUGUCCUAAAUCUACAUUUUGGAUCCAAGGGUUUCAGCAGGAGAAAAAUUUAUUUGCCACUGUGUUCAGCGCUUUCAGACCUUCUCAUUUGAUAUGGCACACUCUAAAUUAGAAGCAGAGAGCAGCACUGUGGCAUCAUCCAUGCCCGUUGAGUCUGAUCAUACGGGGGCAGACCCAAGGGUAGGAAACACCGACUGGUGCUCCUGUAAAAAUUGUAUACCGAUGCCGACUCCGGAAGAAUCUUUCUGCUGCCGAGAGGUGGAGAAACUCAAGAAGUACUUUAUUAGAGGGUAUACAUGUAUCACGCAGGUGGAAGAGUUGCUUCAGUUAAUCAGUGAAGAGAAAAUUCUGGCAAACAGCUACAGAAAUUUAGGACAAGUUACUGACAAACAACUUCAAAAAGUCCGCAGAUCCAUGCGUCGGGACGCUUACAGAAACUUCACAAGCUGGACACAUGGUUCUCUGGGCCCUGGUAAUCGCAUUCCGGAGCCAUCUUGUGUUGUGAACCUGAUCCGUGGCAAAUAUCCUGACCCUGAUGGGAACUAUAUGGGAUUUAGAAAAGAACCUGAUACGGCAGAAGACAUCUCUAACAGUUAAUCAUCAAUUACUUUACAUUUAGGUGGUUAUGUAAUAAAAGUAGGGAUGCACCGAAUCCAGGAUUCGGUUCGGGAUU